AUGAGCGACGCACCCGUAUCCUUCCUGCCCCUGGGUGCUAUCAUCCAAGAGCUCCGCGUCGCCGGUAUCAACAUUGUGCAGGGCUUCCCUGAGCAGUCGCACUACGAGAGCCAUAACGACCCUUUCUUUGGCGAGACCAUUGGCCGCGUGGCCAACCGCAUCAAGAACGCGCAGCUCGACUCCCUCAACGGCGGCAAGAAAUACACCCUCGCCGCCAACAAUGGGCCCAAUAACCUGCAUGGUGGUGUUGUCGGAUGGGGUAAGAAAAUCUGGAAGGGACCGACACCCGUGGGUGUGCGCCAGAUUCCCGGCGCGGAACUCCAGGACGGUGGGGAGAGCGUGAGGUUCUCCCUGGUCAGCCCGGAUGGUGAUGAAGGGUUCCCGGGAACCGUGGAAGCGAGUGUGGUGUACACCGUCGGCAAGCAAGUGCAGAACGGGAAGGAUGUGACGGUAUUGGGCAUUGAGUACGAGGCCGAGCUUGUUGACGGUGCCGACGAGACCGUCAUCAACAUGACCAACCACUCGUACUUCAACCUCACCGGCGGUCCCUCCAUCGAAGGCACAGUUGUGACUCUCACCACUAACAACUACCUUCCCGUCGACGACGGCGGCAUCCCCACCGGUGGCCCGCAGCCGUUCAGCAAGAUCGAGGGCGGGAAGGCCUUCGUGUUGGGCGCCCAGGAGCCCGACAUUGAUGACUGCUUCAUCCUGGAGGACUCCCCCAACACAGUGCCCCUCGACACGCGCGGGGAGCCGCUAACCCGCCUCGUCGCUGCCCAUCACCCGGAGUCUAAGAUCCACCUCGAGGUUCUUAGCACCGAGCCAGCCUUCCAAUUCUACACGGGCAAGUACAUCAGCGUUCCCGAGGUGGCAGGUGUCGCUGCUCGCAACGCGCGGAGUGGGUUCUGCGUGGAGCCCAGCCGCUGGGUAAAUGCUGCGAAUGUGGAUGAGUGGAAGAGCCAGAUGCUGUUGAAGAAGGGCGAGAAGUACGGCUGCCGGAUUGUGUACCGUGCGUGGCAGGAGUAA